CUGCCUGAAUCGUGCGGAUGUGAUCAAAGUGUUUGAUGGCCGGAGUUCAGCAGCACCUGCUAUAACAGUGCUGUGCAACGAGGGGUCGGAACUUGAAGUCCUGUCCACCGGACCAGACCUUUACAUAGAAUUUGUGGCGAGCUCCGAGUGGCCCGGACAAGGCUUUAAAGCCAGUUUUCAGUUCCAACCAAUGGACUCCAUCACCAGUGACAGUCCGUCUACAGAACCUGAGCGAGUCAACAAUUCGCCGCAACACAAGUACCCACCGGAAAACGGUCCAGCUGUUAGCGCAACAACUUCUAGUUGUGACGUAGUGCUGAACAGCGACACGACAAAGAAUGGGUCCAUAUCAUCACCCCUGUUCCCCAGCCCAUAUCCUCCUCGCAGCUACUGCCGGUAUGACUUCCAAGGUCGUGGUAAAGAGCGAGUUCAAAUCGUUUUCAGCGACUUCAACCUCUACCAUCCCCCAGAUAAUUCAAAAGAGUGUGAAAAUAUUGACUCCUUGGUGGCAAAUGUACAUAUUGAUGGUCGAAUGGAAAAAAUUGAUAGCUUCUGUGGCAACACUGUGCCUAAGCCUCUUAUGUCCAAUGGCCCAAGACUCAUGUUGGAAUUCAGAGGGAUAUAUUCCUCAAGAUAUUCCAGAGGUUUUAAAGCCACUUACAGUUUUAUAGAAAACUUUGGUGUAACUACUGGUCACCAACUUCCAGAAUAUCCAUGUGCAUUUGCAUUCAAUAGCAGUGAAACCCGCAAUGGCACAUUUGCCAGUCCUAACUUCCCUGGCUUCUAUCCUCGUGACACCGAGUGCCAUUACUUCUUUCAAGGCAGUAGAACUGAGAAAGUUCGCCUACAUUUCAGUUAUUUUGAUGUAGAAGGAGUCUUACCGUGUGAAGCUAUCUCUGCUAGUGACUAUGUUGAAUUUUCAAACUUCAUGGCACAUGAUCGCAAGUACUCUCGGAAAUGUGGUCAGCUCAAAGAGUUUGAUAUUGAGUCAGACCGCAAAUUCUUCAGGGUCACUUUCCGCUCUAAUGACAGACUUGAUGGAACAGGCUUCAAUGCUACAUACCAGUUUCUGGAUGAAGUUGAUUCGUAUACAUCUAAGCCUGCCCAAAGUAAUCUGUCCCAUAAGACAGAUUGUGAAGUAGCACACUUCUUACUGAUUCUCCUGCUGUGUACUGCCCUGCUGUUGUUCACAACCAGAGGUUGAUAGGGAGCUGCCAGUCAGAAGUUUGGAUAACUAGCAAUACAUCGGUGACACAUAGGUCAAUACUGCACACAUCCUAUCAGAGAGCAUCAGUGUGUUGUUCUGAAUAUUAUUACUAUCAUAACCAUUGGUGAACAUGAACUCUGGUAAACUGGACAAUCAGUUUCUAAUACAAAUACAACCAUGGACAUUAAAAAUAAUAAAAUAAUGUUCUUUGUUAUUUAUACCAGAAGAGAUAAUAUGAAGAUUGGCAGUAUUGUUGGCAUCUUUGUACAUAUAUCUCAACACAAAUGUAUGCAUACAAAACACCUACACUCCUUCUCCAAGUAAACUGUAAAUAGCAUUAUAAUUCUACACUAAUUUACUCUACAAAAACUAAUUUACUGAGAGUUAAAUACCUCAUUGCUUCCAGUGAUAUAUUAAUUGAGAAUUCUUGCAAUGAACUUAAUUUCAGAUUUCAGUAAUUCUCCUGAAAAAAAUUAAACACCUAAAAAUCAGAUUGAUUGUGAAGCUGAGGACUUAAUUUCCAAUAUUAAAUGCUUCAAGAAGUCUUUUAGUUUACAAAACGUAUGCACCAACAGAAUGUGGACUAACUAUGUCUAUGCACUCUAAGUUGAUUCAGAUUAGUACCAACUUUUAUACAAAGCACAAAGCUGGAAAGAACUUGUGAAGUCACUUUAUGUUUGGAAAAUGUGGAGAAUGCGUUUGUAGCUCUUUCAGGGGAACGUAGCUCCAUCAUAAUCUAAUUUUGGUUGUGAUGGAGCCCAUUUAGGACAAUUCAACAAAUGAGAAACACAAGAGGUAGCUAUGGUUAUGUAUGUUGAUUAUUUUGUCAUUCCCAAAUUAACUGUAGAACUCUUCUAGAUAAUUUUUGUAGAGUAGCAGAUGCCCUUCAAUAGAAACACUUGAUAGCAGCCAAUUGCACAGUUAUUUGUUACAAUUUUUAUGGUGCAUCAAGUGCUAAUAGUAUGUAUGACUGACUGGUAGGUGACCUAUCACCACCUGUCACACCGUGUUUGAUACUGUGUCAGUGUGCAGUCAUCAACAUAUACAAUGAAUGAUUAUGCAAAUGGCUAUAGUUCUAUUUUCUUAAUGUAUAUUUCCCACAGCUGAAUUAUUGACACUAUCACUGUGCCAAAUGCCAGCUCAGCACAUCGUGACACAUCAUGAAUCUAACUUGGUCACAUGGAAAUAACUAUGAUAUGUUUUUAACAAGUCUGAGAUAAUAAAACAGUUGCAAACUCCA